GUGAAGCGUGAAGUUGAACAAGACGCCAGUCGCAUCUGCACUGUUGGUAAAGGUGCGCCAUAUAAAACGCUCACAAUCGGUUUUACAAGCACGUGCGACGCUCUUUUUCCGUUUGUUUACAAAACAAAGAGGUGUCGGAAGUGAGUUUUUACAUUGUGCAUCUAGUUGGAUUAUAUGACGGCUUUUUGGCAAACAAAAGAAGCCUGAAAGGAAUUCCGUAGAAGUGCAAUGAACUACUUAACAAUGACGUAAUGACUACGCCAGUUCCUCCAAGAAGUCCUACACGAUCUCGAAGUCAAGCAAGUAGGCGCCAAAGAGCUUCUGUUCACUCAGACUGUCCACCUGAAGUUGAAACUGAGUCUCCAUUGGGAAACGCAAGUCCUGGCUUAGAAAAACGAAGCGUUUCUCUAACUACUUUGCAACCGACGGUUAUUCAACCGAGGAUGGCUCAACUGGAAACCUUGGAAGCAAAGAUGGCCAGCAUUGAAGUAUCUCUAUCCAACACGCCAAGACGCAAAAAGUUCAAUACGGGGAUACUAAAUUCCUCUAUACGAUCCAUCCCGAAAGAGCUGGCAGCUAAAGAGCUGGAAAAUCUUCGAAAUGCCCUUAAAGAUAAGGAGAAUAUCAUUCAAAGCCUUAGGGGCCAACUAACGGUGCCUGGGUUAAGGUUGAAUUCGAUAUUUAAUGGUAAUAACAACAAUAAUAAUGUGAAUAAUAGUACAAGCAAUAGGGAAUUAACCGAGGUAGAGAAGAAGCAAGCGGAAGAUAGACUGGGAAGACUAAAGACUGACAUUGAAAACAAACGCCUGGCCAUUAAGAACCUGAAAAUGGCUUUGGAGCGGCUGGAUAUCACAGACAAUAUAGACGUUCGCAUUCAGCAAGCUGAACUGGAAUAUCAAUUGGGGAGGGAAGAACUCAACCUUCUAACGCUUCUAGAAGAGACACGGACCCUUCAGCUGUGCAUAGAAGAGUCCAAUCGAUCUUGCGCCGAAAACAACACUUUGUUUAGCUGUAUGGAUGGCUCAGAUAUGGUAAUACUGCGGGCAAUUACAUUAGACUACGAUCAAAAAAGCCCGAAAUUUGUCGCUGGACAACGCGACAAUAUUCCAGGAUUGUGGAUAGAUUGGGCGCUGGAAGAAACCGGACUGACAAAAGGGGACAGACUAAUCGAAGUAAAUGGCAAAAUGGUCUUAACCAAAUCCAGAGAAGACCUUGCCAGAUUAUUGGCGGCAGCUCCAGAUCCAGCCCAGCUGGUGAUUUUGCGAAAAGAAUCUGAAACUGGUUCUAACGUUAGUUCUGCACCGAAACCUUCCGCUCAAGAGGUCGCAGCUCUUCGAUCUGAGCUAGAGCUAAUCAAGGACCAAGCUGAGGAAACGCAGCGAAUUAAAGAGGGCCUCAGAAGUGACAACAUCCGACUAACCCAUCGGAUUUCCUAUCUUGAAGAGCAAGUAUCAGAGCUGCAAAGCAAAAAAUCUGCUCUAGAGCCGCGACUUCCAUCCACUCCUACUCCUGUGAUCUCCAAGUCAAACCAAAAUGUCACCAACAUUAAUAUCACGUCCCAAAGCUCUCCGGUGUCUAGUCAUUCAGGCGACAUCCAAGUUUUCCAGAAAGGCCCUCAAGUGACUGCUUUAAUUAGCAGCGUUCCUGCUGCGGAAAAGGACGCAAUCACCGUCCGCUCCAAAAGUAGUUUAUCCAACGUGUCCAGUACCCAUAUAGUGGCGCCCAAUCCCCAGCUGGACUAUCAGAGCCACCACAAAGUACAAAAGCACAAAUCUCCAAGGAAUGGCUUCAAAUCGCCCUUGAGAGAAUGUUGCGAUGAAAGUGAUAAAGGGUCUUAUAGAAAGCAUCAUCAUCACCAUCGGGAGAAGGAUUAUAACUCAGAAACCAACUCCCAUGGGGACCAGCGGCCAAGAGGGAAGAACAUGGAAAAACGAUAUUCCGCAGAUUUUUCUAAAACAAACUCUGAAAAGGAUUAUCGGAAUUCCGAUGUGGUCGAUCAAAGCUACAAGAAAGCCACGAAAAUAAUCCAGGAGCUGACGCGGCCCACCAAAGAAGCCACCUUAUACGAGAAACACCGACAGCGAUGUAUAACGGCCUCGGAGAAAUACAACGCCGAUAUCUUGAAGCAUUACAACGCCAGAAAAUCCACUUCUGUCCUGGACUUCAGGUCCGAAGUGCACAUAGGUCCAAAAUAUUCGGAUUCACGAAGCGUUGAAGACCUGGAAGCUCCGGAGAGCCCCUCCAAGGCAAUGACCAAGCUGUUUAAGAAACUUCAAUCCUCCAGAAGCGUGAAGUCCUUGGACUUCGACAGUGAUUGCAACUCAACCUCCACGAGAAACGGCUACAAGAGCACCGACUACAAUUCGGAAGUUGACAAUAGUCGCAAACAUCCCGCGUAUCCGAGUUAUUAUGACCACAGUUCAAAGCCGAGACCGACUCCUCCGAAGAAGCCGUUAAGGCUGUCGCUGCACAAAACCCCCAGCCUUCAAUCGGUGGAGUCUUCAAGUAAUACUCAUGAGGCCCAGAAUGGUAAAGCCGAGUCAAGGAAGCGCAACUACAAGGGGCUGAGGCAUUCACCGGAAAAAAAUGGAGAAAGUCGAGAACAUAGUGACUACAAAGACCAAAUCAUGUGGAAUUGCUAUAGAAGGACUUUGGAUAAUGGCGUAGAACAGGGCACCUGGUGUUGAAGUUGGGGUUUUGAUUAUGUCUGUACAAAUAAAACUGUGUUGAAUAAA